CACAAGUCGAAGCUUAUAAAGCUUUCGCUCGCUUUCUUCGUUUCUCCUUCUCAGAUCCUCAAUGGCGAAAUCCGAGAGACCUCCGAAGGUUGUCCCCAAUCCCAAUCCCAACCCCGCCGACCACGAUCUCGAUCCCUCCUCCUGCACCCUUGAGAAGUUCCGCCUCUUUGAGACCCGCGCUAGAUUUUACUUGAUCGGGAGUGAUUGUGAGAAGAGGAGAUUCCGGGUGUUAAAGAUUGAUCGAUCCGAGCCAUCGGAUCUCGGUGUAAGCGAGGAUCCGGUCGUCUACUCGGAGCAGGAGGUCAAGAAUCUCCUGCAGCGUAUUGCCGAGGGGAACAGAGCCACCGGCGGUCUAUCCUUUGUCACGAAGGUCUAUGGCAUUGCUGGUUGCAUUAAGUUUUUGGAGUCUUAUUACCUGAUUCUGGUGACAAAGAGGCGACAGAUUGGGUCGAUCUGUGGGCAUGCGAUAUAUGCCAUCGAUGAGAGUCAGAUGAUCACAGUUCCUCACUCUUCCGUUCAGUCAGAUGUUGCAUUUUCAAAGACUGAGCUUCGGUAUAAGAAGCUCUUAUCUAGUGUUGACCUUACUAAAGAUUUCUUUUUUAGCUACACAUAUCCCAUCAUGUGCAGUUUACAGCAGAAUGUCCUUGCGGAAGGUACAGUGAUGAUGCCUUAUGAGAACAUGUUUGUGUGGAAUGCAUUUCUAACACAACCAAUUCGGUGCAAGUGUAAUAAUACGAUGUGGACAAUUGCUUUAGUUCAUGGUCAUUUCAAGCAAGUUAGGAUGUCUGUUUUUGGGAGAGAAUUCAGUGUUGCUCUUAUUUCUAGACGAUCUCGUCAUUUUGCCGGGACGCGUUAUUUAAAAAGAGGAGUCAAUGAUAGGGGUCGGGUUGCAAAUGAUGUUGAAACUGAGCAAAUAGUAUUUGAUGAAGAAGUUGGGUCAUGUGGAGGAAAAAUGAGUUCGGUGGUACAAAUGCGAGGAUCAAUUCCUCUUUUCUGGUCCCAGGAAGCUUCAAGAUUAAGCCCUAAACCUGAUAUUAUCUUGCAGAGAUAUGAUCCUACUUACCAAGCGACAAAGUUGCAUUUUGAGGACUUGGCUAAGAGAUAUGGCAAUCCAAUUAUUGUUCUCAAUCUAAUCAAGCCAUUCCAUAAUGCUUCAUCAGGGAUGGAGUACGUCAGGAAAGGGCCUCCAGACCCCUGCACACUGCUUAAACAUGCUACAGUAGAGAAGCGGCCUCGAGAAAUGAUGUUAAGACGUGAAUUUGCUAGUGCAGUUGGAUAUCUCAACCAAAUCCUUCCUGAAGAAAGCCAAUUAAAGUUCAUUCAUUGGGAUUUUCAUAAGUUUGCCAAAAGCAAGUCUGCAAACGUGUUGGCUGUUUUGGGUGUGGUAGCUAGUGAAGCACUGGAUAUGACCGGGUUCUAUUACAGUGGGAAACCCAUGAAUGUUAAAAGAAAGUCAGUCCCACUUAGCCGAACAAGCACAGGGAGGUAGGCAUUUAUUUAUUUUCAUUCAUUAUAAAUGCUGGUAGUUUGUAUGCCAUCUCUAUGUAGAAAGAAUUUAUGGUACCCAAUCCGCUUUUGCAUUUAAUAAAGCAUUUUGAUGGCAUAUAUCUCAUUCUUGGACUCGGUAGUCUUAUUGGUACAAAUGUGAGAAUUUUCAUAUGUCAAGGGGGAGAAAAUACUCUGACAGAAUUACACAGAGAAAAGUACAUGGAUGCUGUUUUCAUUUCACAUCCUUUCUGGCACUUGAUCUAAACUUCGUUUAGAAAUCUAUUCCUCCUGUCUCUGUGUGUGUGUGUUUUUUAAUUUAUAAUUUUCCCCUUUAUUAUCUAUAACAAGUUCUUGAUUAAGGAAAUCUGAUAUCUGACUUGCAAUCACUUAAAUUGGGCAUGUUAAAGGUUGAGGGUUCAAAUCCGUAGCUUGUCCAUAUUAGAAAAAGAAGAAAA